GUUUAAUCGAAAAUACAGGUUACGAGAGACGCGUCAUGAAAUCAGAGCGGGUAUAUAUUAGACACGCGUCUUCAUUUCGGAAAUAGUCUUAGCUGAUGAUCAACAUCAGAAUGAAGGUUGUUGCUGUGUUUUUCGUUGCUUUCGUAGCUAUCGCUGUGGGAUCUGAUCUUGUGAUUUACGACUCGACAUCUCAGCCUAAAUGCACACUGGUUGGACCACGUUCACCGACAUAUGAUUGUCGCUGGCAUGCGGGUCUUGACAUGGCGGACCAUAUCGUUGAGAAAGGUCGCAUCAUCGCUUACAAGAUCCAGUGGUUUGCCGGAGGGUGGUCUGACUGGUUCGUUCCUGGCUUGAACGACCUUGACAUUAAGUUCAACAUCGACGCCUCGCCUUGCACCCCUCCAGUCAAGGCCAAAUCGUUGAGAAGAUGGUGGUCCUAUUUCUACGACCACAAUCACCAGUUCAUCAUUUGUAAGCCGAAUUAAUAUGAAGAGCGCGCAAAAAAUACAAGUCAAAUUUGAUUUUAUACUUGAACUUUUAAAGGGGCGUUUUCACAGAUUUUGGCAUUUUUUUAACUUAUUCAUUAAAUGCUUUAUAUUGAUAAAUGUAAACAUUGGAUCGUAAAAGCUCCAGUAAAAAAUCAAGAAAAAAAAUAUAAAAAGGAUAAGAACAUUGCCCGGAGCAGAUUUCGAACCAGUGACCCCUGGAGUCCUGCCAGAGUCCUGAAGUAAAAACGCUUUAGCCUACUGAGCUAUUCCGCCGAGUACACAUACGGGACGUAUUUUAUACCUUAUAUAAGCAAUCUUCGUAGUUUCACAAAAUUUAACGACAAAAACAGAACUCUCCAAAUUAUUCAAUCGU